GACCACUUGCUCUCGCAGAGUCUUGAUCCACAUGUGACGCGGGGAAGGAGGACACAGCAGAUACUGUUAUUUACAAGAAGUUAUUGAAGUGACCGUCAUGAUAUCUGCUGUGGCAGCUGGCCUUUGCUGAAACACCUAGUCACGACCACAUCAAAUCUAGGAGGGUUUUAAUGAGAAUGGGCACUGAUGUGCGUGUCGUCUGCUUAAGCUGAGCCGAAGUUUCCUACGGGGCCUGUAGCUGCGUCUGUUUUCGGAGACGCUUCUACCAGCGAGUGACAAAACGAAAUUUGCCUGUUAUUGUUUAUUUUAGACUAUGCUCAAUUCUAGAGAAAAAUGUAAAGUUAAUGUUGACGAAGAAAACUCGAUAGCUGAGCUACUGGCUAAGCCUAGGUGGCUUAUCGAAUACUGCGUGUGAACUGCGGGUGUUUAUUUGUCUGGAAAACCGUCAGGAGCAUCGAAAUACAAAAUGCAUGCACCCAGUGCACUUGUCAAUAAACAGAAGAAACUCUUUCUGGGAGUUCAGGCUCCCCUAGGCUACGUGGCCGGUGUAGGUCGCGGAGCUACCGGAUUCACCACCAGAUCUGAUAUCGGUCCCGCCAGAGAGAGUUCGGAUGUUCCCGACGAUCGCCACGGUCAAUCGGUUCCAAAAAAGCCCCGAAAAGGUCAAGAUGAUGACGACGACGAAGACCUUAACGAUGCUAACUACGACGAAUUCAAUGGCUAUGGAGGGUCAUUAUUCAGCAAAGAUCCUUAUGACAAAGACGACGAAGAAGCAGACGCCAUUUAUGAAGCAGUUGACAAACGUAUGGAUGAGAAGAGAAAAGAUUACCGCGAGGCAAGGCUCCGAGCAGAGAUCGAGAAAUAUCGUCAGGAACGUCCGAAGAUCCAACAGCAAUUCUCUGAUUUAAAGCGCGAGUUACAAGAAGUGUCAACCGACGAAUGGAAUGCCAUUCCUGAAGUGGGGGAUGCGCGAAACAAGAAACAGAGGAAUCCCCGUGCCGAAAAAUUCACACCAUUGCCGGACAGUGUCAUCGCUGGCGCAAUGAGCAGUGGUCAAGGGGUUGCAGCUAUUGACCCGACGACGGGUCUUGCCUCACCCUUCCCCGGUACUGCGUCCGGAGAGCUGGAUCUUCGCAAGAUUGGUCAUGCGAGAAACACGCUUAUGGAGAUUAAACUUACGCAAGCGUCCGACUCAGUGUCAGGUCAGACAGUUGUCGAUCCCAAGGGGUACCUCACAGAUUUGCAGUCCAUGAUUCCUAACCAUGGAGCGGAUAUAUCCGACGUGAAGAAGGCGCGCCUGUUGUUGAAGUCGGUGCGCGAGACAAAUCCCAAUCACCCUCCAGCAUGGAUAGCGUCUGCACGACUUGAGGAAGUAACGGGAAAGCUUCAGCAUGCGCGGAACCUGAUCAUGCAGGGUGCUGAAAUGUGCCCGAACUCUGAGGAUGUGUGGCUAGAAGCCGCACGACUGCAGCCGGCUGACAUGGCCAAAUCGGUCAUUGCGCAGGCUGUCCGCCAGUUGCCACACUCAGUUAGAUUAUGGAUAAAAGCAGCCGAGUUGGAAACAGAAAAGCGGCUUCAAAAGAGAAUCUAUAGGAAGGCUCUUGAGCAGAUACCGAAUUCGGUACGACUGUGGAAAAAUUCGGUUGAGCUGGAGGAUAUUGAAGAUGCGCGGAUCCUUCUGACCCGUGCGGUUGAAUGCUGCCCCUCUAGUGUAGAACUGUGGUUGGCACUAGCUAGGUUAGAAUCGUAUGAAAACGCAAGAAAGGUUCUGAACAAAGCCCGUGAGAACAUUCCCACAGACCGACAAAUCUGGAUUACAGCAGCGAAGCUUGAAGAAGCCAACAAGAAUAUAAAGAUGGUACCAAAAAUCAUCGAACGUUCCAUUAAAUCUUUAUCGGAUAACGGUGUAGAGAUCAACCGUGAAUUGUGGAUGAAGGAUGCAGUGGACGCAGAGCGAGCCAAAUCAGUAGCCACAUGCCAAGCCAUUAUUGACCAUGUUAUCGGCGUUGGAAUCGAGGACGAGGAUCGUGAGCAUACGUGGCUUGAGGAUGCUGAACAGAUGGCUAACCAAGGUGCUCCAGAAUGUGCUCGCGCUAUUUACGGCCACGCCUUGGCGGUAUUCCCUGGUGUCGAAGGCAUAUGGCUUCAGGCGGCGCACUUCGAAAAGAGCCACGGCACGCGCGACAGCCUGGAAGCAUUAUUGCAAAGAGCGGUUUCACAUUGUCCGCAGGAAGAAGUGCUGUGGCUCAUGGGGGCGAAGAGUAAGUGGUUAGCAGGGGACGUACCUGCUGCCCGAUCAAUUCUGAGCCUUGCCUUUAAAGCGAAUCCCAAUUCAGAGGAGAUUUGGCUUGCCGCUGUCAAGCUCGAAUCAGAAAACAACGAAUACGAGCGAGCGAGGCGAUUACUGGCCAAGGCGCGCGCAUCGGCACCAACAGGUCGCGUGAUCAUGAAGGCGGCCAAACUCGAGUGGGCGUUGGGUGACUUAGAGGAAGCUUUAAGGAUACUCGAGAAGGGUGUCGAAGAUUAUUCUAGUUUCGCGAAGCUAUGGAUGAUGUACGGGCAGAUCUGGUGUCAAAUGGGACGACCUGACAAAGCUAAGGAAGUUUAUGGAAGAGGAAUAAAAGCAUGUCCGAGUGCUGUGCCCCUGUGGGUGUUACUAGCGAAACUGCAGGAAGAGACAGGCGUAUUAGUAUCGGCUCGUUCCGUAUUAGAGAAAGGACGACUACGAAACCCAUGUAAUGAUGUAUUAUGGCUGGAAGCGAUUCGGAUCGAAUAUCGCGCAGGCAUGAAGGAUAUCGCAGCAAAAAUGAUGGCCAAAGCCAUGCAGGAGUGCCCAAGUUCUGGCAAUCUCUGGGCCGAGGCCAUUUUCAUGGAGCCUCGACCGGGUCGUAAAUCCAAAAGUUUCGACGCUUUAAAGAAAUGCGAACAUGAUCCCCGGGUCCUUUUGGCUAUUUCCAAACUUUUUUGGGCAGAGCGAAAGAUCAAUAAGGCUCGUGAAUGGUUCAAUCGCACAAUUAAAACCGAUAAGGAUUACGGUGAUUGUUGGGCAAAUAUGUACAAGUUUGAAAUGCUCCACGGCACCCCGGAGCAACGAGAUGAAGUGAAGAAACGCUGUGUGCAAGCAGAACCAAGGCACGGGGAAUUGUGGUGUCGUGUAAGCAAAAAUAUUAGUAACUGGCGUAAUAGCUGUGAAGAACUGUUGAUUCUAUGCACCAAGGAAAUAGCUGAACCGAGUUAGGCUGAAUUUACGAACUCUUUGUGAGAAUUUUAAUUUUCUUUGCUUACAACUUAAUGGGUUCAUGUACAUUUGUCGAUAACCAGAGUCAUCUUAAACACCUUAAAUAAAUUAUGUAUAUCAUUCGACUUGAGGCA